AUGCAUGCGCUGGCAGUCCUGUUUGCAAAACUCCGGAUCGCGAACAAUCCUGUGCCGUGAUGAGGAUGUCAUCUAAGUAGACCAUUAGCCAGACUCCCCGACUGCACGGCCAAGCCAUGGUGGGGCGCAUCAGUUUCGUGAAGCACCAAGGGGCUGAUGACAGUCCGAAGGGGAGGCACGUGAAGCACCAGGUGUCUCCAUUCUAGAGGAAACUUAACAGGUCCCUGGAUGACUCGGCCACUGGGACGGUCAGGUAGGCAUCCUUCAAAUCCAACUUUGCCAUCCAGUCUCCCCGAAGGAGUAAGUCUCGCAGGAGGUGGAUGCCCUCCAUUUUUAAGUGACAAUAGCGCACCAGGGUGUUUAUGGCACGGAGGUUGAUAACUGGGCGCAUUUGUCCGCUUUUCUUUUCUACCAGGAAAAUGUUGCUUAUCACCCCUGUGGAGGACACCGGGGCUAGCUCUUUCGCCCCUUUUGCGUGGAGGGCCGUUAGUUCCGCCUCUAUCAAGGCGCGGUCGGUUGUUGAAAGCAAAAUAGGGCGAAGUAGGGGAACGUGACAAGGAAUGUCGACCAUUUCGAUGUGAAACCCCCGAACUGUGGUCAGAACCCAGACAUCUGAGGUGAUGGCUGACCAGGUGUGGAAAAAAUGACAGAGUCUGCUCCCUACACACAUAUUGGAAGAAACAUGAGGUAGAUGUAAGCUUACCGUAAGGGCGUCUGGAACUAGGGUUCCCUCUGGAACGCCAUGGUCUUCCGAAAGAGGGUAAGAAAGGAGACUGGUAGGGUGUUCUCUGAGUGUAGGAGCCUCGUCCCGAUCCACGGGCAUGGUAAUUGGAAUGGCCGGACAGACGACCCCUGAAUCUGCUGGCCCUGGUAGAGACCCGCCCCUGAAACACCCUCUUCAUGGAAGAUUGGGCCUUAUCUAGGGCUGUAAAGGCACCCACAAAGCGUCCCUGGUCCUUAAUAAAGGAGUCCCCAAGUAAAAGGCCCUGGGCGUCCUUGCCCGUGAGGGCGUGGUUGGUCAGUUUGGGUUCGAUCUUGAACAGAAUAGCUUUACGCCUUUCAAUGGACAGGGAAGUGUUUACGCUGCUCGCAAUGCAGAUAGCCCUCUGCACCCAGCCAUGGAGUUCCUCCGGGUCAGAAAAUGGCCGCCGGCAAUCUCGCGAGAUUCGCGGCCAAAAAUACAGUCAAUUCGUCAAGUUAAAGAGCCGAAACGUUCGGCAAAAAAGAGACAAAUUCAAUUGGACAAAUAGACGAAAGGAAUGAAUAGGAAACAGGUGAAUGCACUGACCGACUAAAAAGUAGUCGAACGCGGCAAAACAGACGAAUGAAGCUAAGUGCUAGAAAAACAAAUGAAUGGCCUGUGUUCGUGAAGAAUUUGCCGAACUGGUUAGAAUUCUUUCAAACAGCCGAACAGAACGGGAAACAGGCGCAAAAGGGCGCCACGGAGAGAGGGAGAAAAUGGAGCCAAAGGGUAGUGAGGAAGAUAUAAGGAGAUAAGUGAGCAUGGAUAAUACACAGAAUAAAACAUAAGGAAGGUCUGGAACCCUGGGCUCAAAGGUAACCAACAUAAUAUAUAGUAGUAAACAAGCAUGUAAAAAUACAUGGAAAAAAUCCUUAACAACUGGAUAAAUUAAAGAAAAAAAGGAAACUAUCAACAAAAGGAGCAAUAGAAACUCCAAUAACAAUAAAUAAAUAAUAUAAAUAACCAGAAAUCAAUAAGAGAAUAGUAGUAUGUAUGAGAGAAAAUUUGUCAUGUACUUAUCUUUGGUCAGCUCAGCAAAGAAAGAGGAAAUGUGUGGGGAGGUGUUGACUAUUAUACUGGGACUUGGUAUGGGUGUGGCCUAUCACCAUGGUUACCAUUUUUUUUCUUACUGUUGUGUUCUUUGCUGCUAUUGAUGGACAGUAAAGAAAGGGUUAAGCAAUAUGAGCCUCCGUGUUUUUACAUAAAAUUUAUGUGUUUUUAAGUUGUUACAUUAUGUCCCUGCACUGAUCCUAUUGCAAACUGUGUUUUCAGUUGCGGGUGUUUAGUCUACUAAAGGAACACCAGUUCCGCUGCGUGGGCCAUAUUGAUCUUCAUAAAGAAAGACUAAAGUUUCUCAAUAAACUUAAAGAUCAAGGCAAAUUUGAAAAAUCGGGUGAGUUUGUUUGACUACCUCUUUGUUUGUGCAUAUGUUUAAUUUUACUUAAUAAUUCUUAAUCUAAUAUUAAACACUUUACAAGUCUAGUAUUAUAGUAAACAGUAACGUCAACUUCAAUUUCCCCAGCACUGUAUUUAGUUUGACUGUAUUUAGUUUAACUGAAUUUAUCAUCCACUGAGUUUAUAGAAUGAAAAGUUUACCUUAAGUAGCAUCUGUGACUAAAUUACCUGCAAAAGCAGUUUUAAAUUACUUAAACUUUUGAUUACCUGUAAAUUGCCAAAUGCAGUAUACUCAUGGCUAGCAUACUUUGCACUAAAUGAAGAUGUACUUUUAGAUAUUAGCAAAAAGAUAUGCUAGUAAAUUAUAGUCAGUUGUUUGUGUAGUGAAUUGUGAGUAGGAUGGUUGAAAGUGAAUGGUAAAAGUGAAUUGUAAAAUACUUGCAAAUAUAAAGAGAUCGCUUGGGUAUUGGUACGAGGGGGGAAACCACUUAUUGAUGAUAUUUAACAAUACCCAUUUACAUAUGAGAUUUAGGAGAUCCAUAGGGAAUCAUGUGUAAGUAAGUGGGAAUGGGGUCAUCAGGAUACAACCAUCAAGGCCAAACACAGCUAGGAGAUGUACCUGUUGGCUGGUUCCUAGGGUGCCCUCUUCCCAUAUGUUGGCUCAAAACCAGCUGUAGGACAUAGUGCAACCCGUAACUGGAUGGGUUAAGAGAUAGUGGGUAAAUAAAGGAAACUUACGCCACAAACAGGCUACAGGGGUAGCCUAUUAUGUCCACCCAGUACAUCUAAGGCCAGAACCAAGCACAGCCGGACUCCAUACGGAGCGUGACAUGAUUCUUUCUUGACCAUGCAGACAAUGCCAGUCCCAAGGCUAGGGUAUAGUUUAAUGAUGAUGUUGUCUGAAGCUUUAAGUGGGUAACCUGUGCCAAAACUCCAACUACAGUCACCCCACCCUAGAUGCACAUACCUUGAAAUAGGACUCCAGGGUACCAGCGUCUGACUUUAAUAUAAGUCUAACAGGUUGCAGUAAGUACUUAACUACAAUGAGUUACAUAAACCAUAUACACAGGGGAAAAAGUAAUUACCAAAUUAAAUAAUAAUUUCAUGAAUUGUACAAAGAUAAAAAUAGCGGCAAAAAGUAGAAUAAUAAAAAGAAGAAUUCCCUAUAGUACCUUCUUUGCUAUUCCUUCCAAAUAGCCUACUAAUCUAAAUGUCCAAUCAAAUUAUCAAAAUUAUUCAAGCAAAUGGGAGGUAAAGCAAUAUCGAGGUUGCAUAUUAAAUGUUGUCUGUCUACACUCAGGGGAGGUAAAAAUAGAAUUCAAUUCUAUAUGCAGGUAAGUUCGAAACUUGUGGAAUCUAUCCUUAACACACUCAACAUACAUCAAAAACACACAUUUUACAUCUGUCCCUGAGUCAGCUAACACUUCCUCUCUCUCCGGCUAACUCUACAAAAAUAAAAAAUAAUAAGAAAAUAGUUCAGCAUAGUUUUGAAAAAGGAAUAAUAAAGUCUUUCAAUGAGUAUAAGGAAAUCAGUUUGGACACCAUAAAUUGUUCCAUAAAAAUGGCUAAUAGUAGCAAGAUGACAAUGUCAGCUUCCACAUAGUUCCUAGUACUUCCUUUAGUUGCUGGAUUUUCACCACAAUGCUCUGUGCAACAUGCCAGUUGUUGAAAGGGUUAUUACAGAACUUGUGGCAUUAGACAGCAAGCAAGUGACCAGCAGACUAAUUCUGUACAUAAUCUUAACAUAUACUUAUGGGGAUAAUGCCCAAUAAAACUUGGUUCCUAAAUUUAAACCUUGAUUUAAUAAUCCCAAUUAAUUGAAUACUCUUGGAUUAAUUUCUAAAAUUAUAACUUUUCAAAACACUCAUAUAUCAAAUGUUAAAAACAUAAAACCAUCAAAACCUAAAAAUGUGCACUAUUAAACCUCAUAGAAAUUCUUCAACAAUUGAUUCUCUUAUAUAUCCUAACUUCAGGCCUUUGUUCCAAAUAAUGAGUAGUACUAGGGCGAGAUUACUUAAACAACACACUCCCUCCUUGUUUUUAUAUAUUUAUUUCUAUCCUCUUCUGGGUCAGUUUGCUGAAAUAUCUUCUAAUAGGUUCAACCCUUUCAAAGCAUGAGAAUUUUGUAUUAUAAUCAGACCUAUUGACCAUCUGGUCUUUCAAGCUAUGUAAUAAGAAAUACAGAAGUAGAAAGCAGGACAUGAGACUGACACACUGUAACAUAAAAUAUAUAGCUCUGUAUGCCUAGGAGAAUAUUCACUAAGCAUUGCAUUGGCAAAACAAUUUGUUUUCCAACAGUUUAGAUACAGUCAGGUUGUAAUAUCCGAAUUUAAAAAAAAUGCCAGGGGCAUUCGGAUAAUAAAAAAUUGUAUAAUCGAAGUGUUUGGUAAAACGAAGACUGCUGUUAUUGUAUUUGGCUGUGUUUGGUAAAAUGAAGCUUAACUGUCUGUUUAGUUUAAUCUUGUACCAAACCCUUGUGCUGGAAAUUACUCACACAACACAGUCUGAGUGACUGCAACAAUGGAUUUUUCCAAGACCGUUUAAUUUUAAUUAUUGCUAGCUUAGUUAACCAUUUUUCAUUCCUCUUCAAUGCUAGUUGUUGUUUCAUUUUUAACUCUGCUGCUAGAAGAGAAUAUAUUAAAAUUGAUGAAUAUGGGUUCCCAUACUAUCUUGGCAGUGAUGGAAUUGAAAAACUGCAGUGUCAUUUAAUGCACAAAAAUUUAAAGGACACUGUAGACACCCAAACUACUUCAGCUCACUGAAGAGGUCUGGGUGCAUAGUCCCAUGUCCCUUAACCCUGCAAAGGUAAUUAUUGCAAUUUUUAAUAAACUGCAAUAAUUUCCUUUGAUGGUCAACUUGGCCUCUAGUGGCUGUCUACCAGUAUUAAAAAGUUUACCACGCAUUGACUUGGAAUUGGAUGUAGUUUAUUAGAGACUUUAGUUUUAUUUGGAAUUAUAAAGUCGAAAUUCUCAAGUUAUCAGUGUUCACAUCUACUUUCUACUUCUUAUUUGUAUCAAGUUUUUUUAUGAUGUGGUAAGAAAAUCACACUUUAUAUUUUUAAUUACGUCUGUUUUAUAGGAAAUGGCAAAAUCAUAGUUUAUUUUUGGUCUCAGCAACUUCCUCUGUAUAUUAUGCUCUAAAAGAGUCUAAAAGUGAAAAACAAAUAGCAAGUGCUUACUACUAUUUUAUUACAUUUUGAAUGUUUUUCAAUGUAUCUAUAGAUGACAUUACAUAUGAAUCCUGUACGCUUGUUGGUGGUAAGUCAGAUGAUUCAAUAGAUUCAGGACUUCCAAUACUUCAUAUUCAACAAUGUGAACCUUCAUCACUAAACGAUGAAAUGUAA